ACAUCGAUAGUUCAAUCUUUGUUCAUUGAGAAGAUUCACAUCCUCCAAUAUGGUGUUAUUGAUAUUUCAGAAAUCCCAACUUUUAGUCACCGUUGCCGUAUGUGCCAUCUUUGCAUCUCGGUCAUCUUGUAGUCCAUACAAACACGAAAACAGAGGUUUAUGUGGGACACGUUUGGUAGAAACAAUGGCCAUGGUUUGCAACUACCAUUACAAUGCAUCAAUGAACAAAAAAUCAGUAAACUGGAACUUGGAGGAUGCAUCAGACUAUACAGAUGAUUACAGUCAAAAUUCCUUAAAUGCUGGAGUUUUCCGAUGGUUCGAUAAUAUUAAUGCCAAAAGAGGAAUUGUGGACGAGUGUUGCAACAAGCCAUGCUCCUUUUCUGUUCUCCCAUCUUUUUGUCCCUAGCUACUGAUGUAGAUACAUUUUAUAACUUCAAUACUAUUCAUAAGAAAUAAAAUGUGGUUUCUAAAA